AGCAACCACCUGCGUUCCUCUUCUCCUCUGGAAUGGACAAUGGGAUGGUCUCUGACUUUAUCAUGAUCAAAAACUUCUUCCUCUUCUGCAUUUCCAUGAGUUUAGCCAGCCACUUCGGCUUUUCACAAACGCCAACACCAUCAGUAAAAGAGGAGGCCAAUGAUAACAUCACUAUAUUCACCAGGAUCUUGGAUGGUCUGCUGGACGGCUACGACAACAGACUGCGCCCAGGACUGGGAGAGAGAAUAACUCAGGUGAAAACAGACAUCUAUGUUACCAGUUUUGGUCCUGUGUCAGACACAGAAAUGGAAUACACCAUUGAUGUUUUUUUCCGACAAAGCUGGAAAGAUGAAAGGCUGCGAUUCAAAGGACCUAUGCAACGCCUCCCUCUUAACAACUUGCUUGCCAGCAAGAUCUGGACCCCAGACACUUUUUUCCACAAUGGCAAGAAGUCUAUUGCUCACAACAUGACAACCCCAAAUAAACUUCUGCGCCUGGAGGAUGAUGGCACUCUGCUGUAUACCAUGAGAUUGACCAUCUCUGCUGAAUGUCCCAUGCAGCUUGAAGAUUUCCCCAUGGAUGCACAUGCUUGCCCAUUAAAAUUUGGAAGCUAUGCUUACCCCAAUUCUGAAGUGAUCUAUGUGUGGACUAACAGCACCACAACGUCUGUGGUGGUGGCCGAAGAUGGCUCACGACUUAACCAGUACCACCUGAUGGGACAAACCGUGGGCACGGAAAACAUCAGUACCAGUACAGGUGAAUAUACUAUUAUGACAGCUCAUUUUCAUCUGAAAAGAAAAAUUGGUUAUUUUGUCAUCCAAACGUACCUUCCUUGCAUAAUGACUGUGAUCUUAUCGCAAGUGUCGUUUUGGCUAAACAGAGAAUCUGUCCCUGCUAGAACUGUCUUUGGAGUAACAACAGUCCUCACCAUGACCACCUUAAGUAUCAGUGCCCGUAACUCUUUGCCAAAAGUGGCCUACGCUACUGCAAUGGACUGGUUUAUAGCUGUUUGCUAUGCCUUUGUAUUUUCGGCAUUGAUUGAAUUUGCAACAGUCAACUAUUUCACCAAGAGGAGUUGGGCAUGGGAUGGCAAAAAAGCCCAGGAAGCUGCAAAAAUCAAGAAAAAAGAGCGCAACUUGCUGGGAAAUAAACCAACUAAUACCUACAGCACCGGGAAGAUGACUCCUGCACCAAACAUGCCAAAGGACUCAGCCCCAGCUGUCAUCUCAAACACUACAUCUGCUCCAGUGAAGCCUGCAGAAGAAAAGCCUGCUGAAAGCAAAAAGACUUACAACAGCAUCAGUAAGAUUGACAAAAUGUCCCGGAUAAUUUUUCCAGUGCUGUUUGGAACUUUUAAUUUAGUUUACUGGGCCACAUAUUUGAAUAGGGAGCCUGUUAUUAAAGGUGCCAAUUCUCCAAAAUAAACUGAAGUACUCUGGAGCCACAUGUGAGCCAUACUUACAAAGCAGAUGCUACCAAGGAAAAUUUGAGAUCCAGAUGACUUUCUACGUUUGGGCAAUAUUCUUCAGGAAGUUUUUUGCAUGUUUAAUAAUAUGUACAAAUAAUAUUGCCUUGAUUGUUUCUACAUGUAACCUCAGAUGUUUUGGAGACGAUUAUAUUACUUACAGCAAUGGAUCUUUAUAAAAGAUCAGAAGACAUUGAACAUGGCUUCUUUGCUGCUGAGUAUCUUGCAUUGAUAGUUUACAAAUAAAAUAAGUUAUAUUUUUUAACUGUUCAAGUGUACUACAUAUCGUGGUUUUUAUACUUCAGAUGUACAGUCAUACAAAUAUGGGCUUAACCUAUAUUUUACAGAAGAGCUCCACUAUUGUCAUCUGAUAAGUUACUGAGUAACGCCAGUUGUAAAUGUGCCAAAUUAUUAAGUGUAGGGCUAUGUUUGAGCAUUUUUACUAGUUACAGGUAGUGCAUUACUCCAUAGACAAAACUGCUCAGCCCAGUUUUCACUGGAAGUUUAAUACAAUGCAGUAAAUCCUAAUGGGACUAUGAUGAUUUUCACUGCUUGAGACUCUAGUUUGCAGUGAAAUUACACAGGGAGCAGGAUGCUACUUAUGUAAAUAAAGAUGAUGGAAUCUUGCCCUUAAAUGAAAAUACAAAGUUUGUUUGGAUUUUGCAUUCCAAAGAAUUCUCUCUAAUGAUUCUCAGUAUUUAUUCCAAAAAUUAAGAAUUAUAUUGCAUGAAAUUAACAUAGAUUAGGAACAUAUUUGUGCAAAUAAAACUUCUAACAACAGCAGCAGACAUUUUUAUCAGGGUAAAGUAAAUUAUGUUUGGACACUUUUCCAAGAAGACUGUGUUAUAUUAGCAGAGAUUACCAGAAAAGAAUUACAGUAUUUCUGCAAUAAUUAUUACCUGUUUCCCACUGCAAAAAUCAAUCAGCCAACACUAGAAAGUGUGAUCAGACAAAAAAAGAUGUGCUUCAUGACAGCAAGGUGUUUCAGUGACAAUAUUGACAGAAAGGUCUUUGUACUGUCCAUCUGAAACUUUUCUAUAAAACGCCUUGCUGCUGACAAUGUGUUUUGCUUUCACAAUGAAUGAGAAAAUGCAGUCUGAGUUUUCAGCUCUUUCCUCCUUGGCAUCCUUUAAUUGUUCCAGAAGCUUUUGUAAUUAAAUCUUAAUGUUUAAAUAAAAAAUGCAUUCAACAUUUGA